UACUUGCGGGAUCUGUGACGUCACCGCACACGUUGCUAUUGGAAAUGUGUAAAUCCUCUCGUUCGGCAGUCGGCAGAGUCUUCAAUGAGAGCAGACGUGUUUUGGGCUCUCCCCUAACGCGGCAAGUUGUCAUCUGAAGACAAUGAAAGAACGCCGCGAUAUGCUCCAUGUUUCUCUACACAUCAGAGAGAUGACACACAUCGAUGUGCCCCAGCCUCCUGCUCCACCUGUCUCCAGAAAUGGUUGUAUGUUGAGGUCGGCCAGGCAGGAAGGGUUAAAGAACUUUAAGGUUCAUCAGCCUGGCAUGUGUACACCAAGUAAAUCUCAGUGGAUGACAAGUUAUAUGGAGAGCUUCGGUCCUCCGGGAGAUUUACCUCGUGCUAUAAGGACAACGAAACCCCCUUUGCAUUCAAACUUUCAAAACACUACUGAAAGAUGUAAAGAGUACCAGGCCAACUACAGGCAUAAGAAAAAACAAAAUUGUUUGCCACUCAAGGCUGAAAAUCCUGCCACAUGUAACUUCCAGUGCAAAAGUCAGUCUAAGUGGAUGACUAAUUAUACAGAAAACUUUGGUUUUCAGCGAGUUGUCCAGCAAAAACAAAAAAAAACUGUUUGGACUUCAACUUUUAAGACUACACCUGAAACUCUGACUGUGGACAAAUAUCGGCGCACAGAGUACCAGGCUGUCUACGGUCCUAAGUUCCGAACUGCGCACUUCAAUGUUACACUCUACAGACAGAUCCACGGGACAGCUUAAAAGGUUAUCGAUAACACCACAUCCAUCCUUGGCGGUGUCCCUGAAAGGAUGGUUCCUCUGCGUGUAAGACACCAACUGCCAAACAUAGAGGAAGACAUAUGUUGGUCUGGGACUCUGGUUGGAUCUAGGUUCGACGACUUGCACAGAUUGAGUGACACCCUGAACCAAAACUAUUACCACAGGGGUUCAUCCUACAUCAAGAUAAUGACCGAAAACUUAUCUAGAGGCUGUGUCAGAAUUAACUUAGAAAAAAAGGACAAGAUGGUAUGAAUCACAUCAUGCAAUUUGCCAGCUCAAAGAAUUAAAGUCUAUCAAGCUUGGUUAGAAUAGACUGGACAGAAGGCUAGAAGCAAAGCAAAGAGUGCUUUACAUUUGUGGAAACAUCUGCAACAGUGUUGGGAGAAAUCAUUUCUGAACAAUAUUUAAUUUUUGUUGUUGAAAGAAUGCCACAAGUGUGUUUGGCUGUUAUAUCUGAAAAAUGUGGCUACUUAGAUUCAAACUUGGAUUACGUGCAUUAAAUGUUGGACAACAUUUUGUUAAACAAAUGGUUUCUUUUAAUGUCCAGUUUUUAAUUUGUUCUAUGCUUUAAUUUAAAAGUACACUAGGCAUUAAACAGUGAGACAGUAUACCGUAUUAUCAUACUGUAUAUACCCAAAUAUAUAAUAUACCCACAGUGAAGUAUGGAGGUGAGACUGAAAUAUAAUAUGAAGCUUCUUUUCUGCAAAUGGAACUGGAACAUGUAAUUAAAAUGAAAGAUGAAUGAAGCAGUGUAAUUGGACAUAUUAUUUCGGUAAUGAUAGACAUUUUAGAAAACUGACUGACUUAAAUCGUUUUGAAGAUUUCCAGAGGAUUUUAAACGAGUGAAUCUAUAAUGCGGGAUUUUCAUAACCUUUAGGAAUUCAAUUUUUUUGCAUGAAUAGGCCAAAAAUUUAAGCCAACCUAAUUACUUAUUACCAGAGAAAUGGUAAAGCUGUAUUUGCAUAAAUUUCUUAUGUACAUGCACUGAAAAUGUAUAUU